AUGUCGCGUGGAGCUGCGACGCUCGUCGCCAUUCCUCUGCCACCUCCCUUUCUCCUCCCUCGAUCAAUCCUUCGAUCUCAAGCCAGUACGAUUCAGAAGAGAUCCUUCGGCAUCAAGUCUACAGACGGGCCUCGACAUGAUCGAUUCCACCCUAAGUCCCUGUUGGCCAGCCAGGCAUCUGCAAACAAAAGGAGGGAGUUAGCUGAUACGCUGCCCCUGCGGACAGGCGCCAUGGCCAUCAAGAAGGGCAUGACCGCCGUCUACGACGAAAACGGGAAGCGAGUGCCAUGUACGGUUCUACAAUUUGACCGAAACCAAGUUGUCAGUCACAAGACGGUCAAAAAGAAUGGCUACUUUGCCGUAUGUGUCGGAAGCGGCACCGUCCAUGAGAAGAACGUCUCGAAGCCUAUGCUAGGCCAUUACUCUGUGCAGGGCGUCAGCCCGAAGAGACACCUCCAUGAGUUCAGAGUCAAGGAUCAGAGCGGUCUUUUGCCAGUCGGCGAGCUCAUUCCAGCGACUUGGUUCCAUCCGGGCCAGUUCAUUGAUACCAGAUCCAACUGCAAAGGCAAGGGUUGGCAAGGUGUCAUGAAGAGAUGGGGUAUGCACGGUCAAGACAGAUCGCAUGGUGUUUCAAAAACUCACAGAAGCAUGGGUUCUGCCGGUCAGGGCCAGGGUGGUGGCAGUCGUGUCUAUCCCGGGAAAAAGAUGGCCGGCAACAUGGGUGGUCAGAGGAAUACUGUUCAAAACGUCAAAGUCCUACAAAGCGAUGCUGAGCAGGGUCUCCUGGUUGUACAAGGCGCCGUCAGUGGUCCCAAAGGCUGCAUUGUCAUGGUGCAGGACGCUCUCAAGAAAUCCUGGCCCGAAGUCCCCUCGAUAACUAUCAAUCCUUCUCAAAUCGAGGAUGCUAAAACAGAAAUGGCGGCCCCUGCGUCGGCCUAG